AUGUUUAAUUUCUAAAAGGCAUAAUACUCCUUGUCAAAUACAGUAUUGAGUCAUUCAAACCCAAUUUUGAAAUAAAUUAUUAAAGGUAAAGAAUCAGAUGUAUCAGAUAAUAAAUGCCUAACCUUUGGUAUAUGGUCAAAAUAUGAUCCAUUAAGUGAUACAUAUUUGAAAAACUCACAUGAUUUAUUUGAAAGUAAUUGUUUGUAAGUAAUGAAUGCUUUUGAUUCUAAUACUCAAAGUCUAAGUUUUAUAUAUUACGAUUGCAUUGAUCCAAUUACCAGAGAAAUUAAAAAAUUUAUCUUUGGGUUGGCAGAAAAUACUCAUUUUAUAUUUGAAUAACCUAUUGAACCUUUAGAUUAUGAAAAUAGAUGGUAUUUUUUAUAAAUAAUUUCAAUUUAAUCUGAAUAGAAAUUAGAAUUUUUAAUUUAUUCUUCGUUAAACAACAUUUUUAGAUAAACUGUAAAUCUGAUUAUGCCAGCAAAAGAUUAGUAAAUAUAAUUAACUUUUGGAGGAAGUUUAAAAGUAGAUGUUUAAAAAAUAUCAUUUUUUGAAUAAGGAAAAAUAUUUGCACUAUUUCCAGGUUCAAUUGUUGUUUAAAAUUAUUAAAUGAUUAGAAUUCCAGCAUAAUAUGAUUUUGUGUCAUUAAUUACUUAAAGUUAUAAGUAGAUAGGAAAAUGUAGUUGUAGAAGUACUGCAAAAAUGAUUUUUAAUGAUUUUUAUUUAAAAGAUCUUGAUUAAAAAGUUUAAGUAUCAGGAUAAAUAUAUUGUAAUUCAUAUACACUUAGUGCAUGGUUAUAGAUAUAAAAAAUUUAUUAAUAAUCUGAAGAAUUUACUUAUUAGUUUUUAAAAAUAAGUACUAACUUAGACAGAUUUUAGAAUGAAAAUUUAGUCACAUUUUAAUUGUUUUAUCAUAUUUCCCCAAUUUAAAAUAAAAUACUAAUUACAACAUAUAAAUAUGAUUUUCCAAUAGUUACAUAAGACUUUGUAAAUAAUCCAUUUCUAAUUAAAAGAGAAUUUAAUAUACCAAAUAAUCUUGCUUCUUGGUAAUUUUUAUUUGUAAAUUUGGAAGAAAAUACAUUACGUGUUGAGAUUAUAUUUCAAGAUGAUCAAAAUACGUAAACGUAUAAAUCUUUAAUUGAUGUUAAAUAAUUUCAUGAUUGUUAAUUUAAAAUAACAUAUGGAAACAUUUAAUAAUAAAAUUUAAAUUAUAUUGAUAUAAUUGUUAGGAAUAUGAGAUUUACAAAUUGUAUUUAAGAUAUAAGACUCAUAAAAUGUCAUUAAAGUUGUAAAGAAUGUGAUGGUCCUAGUAAAUAUAAUUGCUUAUCUUGUUCUAAUGAAUCAAAUAGAAUAUUUAUUGCAAAAUAAAAACUCUGUGUUUGUCCAUAUUAAACAGUUGAUUUAAAUAAUGAAUGUCUCAAUUAUAGAGAUUAGGAUUUAUAACUAAUUUAAAAAUAGUAAAUAAAUUUAAAAUGUUAAUAAGGUUUUUUUGAAUUAAAUGGUGAUUGUAUUAAAUGGUAAUUUAUAAUUUAAAUAUUUAAUAGUCCAUCAAGAAUCAAAGAAAAUAUUAUUAGUUGCUUUGAUUGUUAUUAAUUUAUUCAAACCUGGAAGUCAAGUCCAAUAUGUUCUUUAGAUCUGAUGUGUAAUGAUUCUAUAUGCGAUUUCAUUGGAAUUGGACAAGAAAUAAUAAAUCUUUUUGAUGGUUCCGAUUUUAUUCUUUAUUAGAAUUCUUUACUCUAUAAUUAAGGUAACAUUCAAGAUGAAAAAUUACACUAAAAGUAGUAUAAUUUGAUAAUAAACUUCUUCUAGUUUUUUUGUAAUAUAAAAUUAAAAGAAUCUAAAGAUUUUGAUAAGAAUUCUUGUUAUUAAUGUAAAAUUAAAUCAUGUUUGGUUUGUGGUAUUAAUAUUGAUAAAUUCAUUUGUCUUAAAUGUGAGGAUCGAUAUACCUUAUAUAAAGGUUAAUGUAUUAAUUAUCACGAUGAUUUUAAUUUUUAGAAUUGUACACAACCAUAUUAUGCUUCAUUUAGUAGAGUAUGUAAAUUAUGUGAAUUGAAAAAUUGUCUUUAUUGUUUUGAGUAUUAUAACAAUAACAAUAAUUAUUAUGGAUUUACUAUUGAAUAUACAAAUAUCUAUUUAGGUUUUAAACCUAAAUAGAUUGGUGUUGCUUGUUUGAUGUGUGAAUAAGGCUAUUAAUUUGAUUUCAUUUUAGGAAUUUGUUAAGAAAGAGUUCCAACAAUAUAAAGUUGUUUAACAUCAUUAGUUAGUAUAAAUAGUUAGGAAAUAUGUUUAUCUGCUUUAGAUAAUUUUUAAGUUUCUAGAGAAAUUAAUAGUUGUGAUUCAUAUAUACCUAAUUGUUAAUAAUGUUAUCUGAAUUUUUAUAAAGAAAUAAAAUGUAUAAUAUGUAAAUCUGAUUUUGAAUUAGAAACAAAUUAAUGUUAUUAAAACUAAGAAUAAUUAUCAUAAAGUUUAUUAACUUUCUUAGAAUUAAAAAUAGAUAGUUUCUUAUCAAAUGUUAUAAAUAAUAUUUUCUACUAAUAUCAAUCUGAAACCAAGAAUAAUUGUGGAUAUUAUUGUAAUUCCUGUGUAUAUUCAUUAGGUGAGUAUUAUUGUGAUUAAUGUAUGGUAUUAGAUUAAUAAAAUUAACUAUUUUGGUUUUAGUAUGGAAUGUGUGAAAAAUGCUCAUAACUUUGUUAAGCUUGUAGGUAACGUGGUUCAUUAGAAAUUGAGGUAAAUAUUUAUAAUAAUUAUUAUAAGUAAUUAGCACCAUUUCUAAAAACUUCACUAUAUAAUACUAAAUAUACUACCAAAUGCUUUAAACCUAAAAUUGAUCCUUUAAUUCAUUAUGAUCCUUACCAUUAAACUGUUAAAUAUUGUGAGAAUCCUGAUUGUAAUAAUGAACUUGUUUAUGAAACUAUUUAAUGGGGUUGCAGUUUUGAAAGAUUUCCAAGAGACUUAAAUUAUUUUGGUAUAAGUACUGAAUAUUUAAAUAAUAUUGGAGCUGAUUCUAUUACAAUUAUUAUCAAUAUAUAAGUAGAAGAUGAAAGUUGUAUUCUCUUACCUACUUUAAUAUCAAGAGCUACUUUAAAAUAGUUUGUUUUUACUUUAAAAACUGUUAAUUUAUAAUUUAUAUCAUCAUAUCCCUUUAAAAUGGAAAUAUAUAAUCCUUUUCUAAUUGAUGAUUAUGAUUCUUUCACUAUGAUUGGUUUAAAUCUAUUUCUAGUUAAUUUUGAUGGAAUAUACUUUGAUUUUAUUAACAAAAUAAAUGAAGUCAAUAUUACAUUUAUUAAUCUCACUAUUAUAGAUAGUUUAAUAAAUAAUGUUUAAUCAUUAUUUACUACUAAUCAAUUCGGUAAUGUAGAAUUAUAAAACCUUUCUAUUAUCAAUUCCUAAAUCACUAAUUCUUCACUAUUCAACUUUAAUUAACGAAGUUUAAAUGGUAUUAUUAAUAUAGAUACAAUAUAUAUUUACAAUUGCACUUUAAUAGAUUCAAUUUUCUUUGAAUUUUCUUCAAUUAAAUUCACUGUUCAAUUCAAAAAUGUAACUAUACAAUAAUCCAAUCUAUCAAAUUCAUCAAUCUUUAAUUUUAGAGCUAACACUCCUUUUUAAAUUACUAUAUAUCUCAUUAACAUUCAAAUAUUUAACACUAAUUAUACUAAUUCUUACUUUUUUUUCUGCUCUUAAUUAGUAAGUGUUGUAGCAAUAAAUAUUAUCUUUAAUAAUAACUAUUUAUAAAAUUCAGUCAUUCUUGGAUUUAGCUCUCAUUUAGACUCAUCUUAUAUUGACAUAAACAACAAUACUUUUAUUGAAUCAUAGUUUAUAUCAACUAUUUAAAUUAUUAACUAAGAUUCAAUUAUAUGUAGUAUUAAUGAAUUACUCAUUAAAAAUAAUAUAUUUCAAAAUUCAAAUUUAUUUCGAUUUUUUUCCAAUUUUAAAACUAGUGAUUUACUUGUAAUUAUUUCAAAUGUUCAUAUUUAAUUUAAUGAAGGAACUAUUAAUACUGAUUAAUUUAGUUACUUAUUUAACGUUAAUAGUCAAAAAUUGAUCCUUAAAAAUUUUGUUAUAAAGGAUAAUUUUCAGACAUUUAUUCUAUAUCUAUAUGAUAGUGCUGAUAUUCAACUUAUAAAUUAUACUUUUCUUAAUUCUCAAAUUUACGUAAAAGUAUCUACAUAACCUAAUUGCUUAUCAAAAUUAAAUAUUUAAAAUUAAUUGAUACAAAUAGUAGGUUUUGAUAAGAUUCUGAUUUCUAAUUUUAAGAUUUAUAAUAUCUAAAGUAUAGAUUAAUCAAUCAUUAAAAUUAUGUCCAGUAGUUCAUAUUACCAAGAAUAAGUUGGUUAAAUAUAAUUAAUAAAUUUGCAGUUUUAAGGAAAUCUAUUACUUUCUCUUAAUUCAAUUAUUUAUUUUUCACUUGUAUCAAUUAUUUCUGAUAAGAAUUUAGAUAUUCUAAUUCAAGAUGUAUUAUUUUAAAACAAUAUUAUGCAUGUCUAUAAUGAAAACUCAUUAAAAGAGACUGCAGCAUUAUUAUAUAUUGCAUCUUUACCAAGUACAAUCAUAAUCGAAAAUUUACAUUGCAACUAAAAUGCGAUGACUAAUUCAUCUAAUUCCUUUAUUAAUAUUGCCUCAAAAAUUUUAAAAAUUAAUAAUUUAUUAGUAUUUAAUCAUAAUGUAUUACCAUUAAAUGUUUGGAAUACUUAUUAUAAUCUAAUUAUUGUAAAUUAAGAAGAUAUCAAAAUUUUGAUUAUGUAGAUUUUUCAUAUCAAAACAAUUGGAGGUGCUGCAUACAUAUAAGCAACAAAUUUUGUAUGUAAUAAUGCAACUAUCGAAAAUAUAAUAGCAGCAAAAAGUUCUGUUUUUGAUAUUCAAACUUCAAAUGAAGGAAAUAUUUUAAUAUCAAAUAUCUAUGUUAAUCAUACAAUUAAUAGUUUUCAGGAAGAAAUAGACAGCUCUGGAUCAAUUAGUGUAGAUUCUCAAUAUAGUUCAUUAAAAUUUACAAUUAACAAGGCAUAAUUUUUUAAUAUUGUCAAUAGAAUGUCUUCAGCCAUCUUAACAAUAAUUCCUUCUUUAAUUAGCAAUAAAUUGAUUUUCUAAAAUUUGACAAUAAUUGACUGUGUUUCAUUAAAAAACUAAAUAGUUAAAAUUUUAUUCCUUUAAUAAACUAAUAAAUAAAAUUCAAUAUCUAUGAUUAAUUUAAUGAUUAUUUACAAUAAAGAAGCUUGGAUAAAUUUGUUUUCAGAUAUUGGAGAAUUAAAAUAAAAUGAAAUACAAGGAAUAACUGGAAAUGAAAAUGCUUUAAUUUAUUUAGAAAAUUGUGAUGUCAAUCUGAAUAAUUUUUAUAUUGAAGGUAUGCUUUUUUCAAGUGUAAUCAAACUUUAUAAUAUACAUAAAUUAGUUAUGUUUAAUUGUUCUUUUUAAAAUAUAUUGAGUACUUUCACAUAGAACCUCAUAUAUGUAGAUUUAUCAAUAUAAUAGAAAUCUUAAGUUUUUAUAAAAGCAAUAAAUUUCUUCAAAGCUUCUAUUUAUGUGGCUAAGAUGGAAUAAAAUUAAGUUUAAUCAAUAUAUAAAAUUUUAUAUUUGAUUUCUGGAUGUUCUAUAAUUUAAUCUUCUUCCUAAAUUUAACAAUAAGAUUAUUUUUAUAAAAAUUUAAUUUAUCUUACAUAAUCAAUAGUAUAACCUACCUCAAUUAUAUAUAUAAAGAGCCAGUCAAAUUUAACAAAUAUAUUAUUUGAUAGGGUAAAUGUUGAAAACAACAAUUAUUCUACUUGUUAUGAUGGAAUCAUAUAUUUUGAUGAAAUUAAUUUUCAUAGAUUAAAAAUUUUAAGAUUAAAUUGUAUUAAUAAUUACAUAAAAAACUAUGGAUGUUUACAUUUAAUUGGAAAUAAUAAUGCAUCAUAAUAAAUUUAAAUUUAAAGUUCAAACUUCAUUUAAAACAAUGGAUCUUAAGGAGUAGCAUUAACAGGAAAGUAAAUUUUAAUAAAAUUAGAUUAAUGUAAAAUUAUUUCAAAUAUUGCCCUUUCUAAAGGUGGUGGUAUAUAUUUGUAAUUAAAUAAAAGAAAGUUUUUAAUUUUAAAUUCUAUAUUAAUGAAUAAUAAAGCUUAAGAAGGUGGAGGAAUUUUCUUUGAAGGAGACAAUGAUCAUAUUAAAAAGAUAUUUCUUCAAACCUUUUUAUAUUUCAAUGAAGCCUAAAUUUAUGGUAAUAAUCUAGUGGAACAUCCUGAUCAUUUAACAAUUUACAUUAACUCAAAAGAAAUGUCAGCUAUUAAUUUAAUAAACAAUAAUAGUUCAACUAGAAUUCUUAAAAUAAAGGAAUAAAAAGUUAUAGAUUAAGGAAAACCAAUUAUCUCAAAUAUACUCAUGAUUCCAAGCACACAAGUGAUAAAUUCUUAUUAGAUAUUUAUUUUAAAAUAGGCUACUUAUAUAGAAUACAUAAAGAAUAUAAAUAUCUUUUUUAAAAAUAGUAAGGGAGAAUUGCUCUAUAAUCUUAAUAAUUCAACAUGUUAAAUAGAAGAUUUAAUAGUAACAAAAGGGAAUCAAGAAAUAUAAGGAUCUAAUAGUAAUUAGAUAUUAGAAUUUUAAACUAUUACUAAUAACUUUGAAUUAGGUACUUUAGCUUUUCGUUUUGAUCCAUAUUCUAAUGAAUAAAGUCAUUUAUAAAUUUAAAUAUUUUGUAAAACUUAAGAAUCUUAAAAUGAAUUAAAAUAUAUUAUCAAUGCAAAAAGUUUUAAAUGUCAAUUAGGAGAAUUUUAUAUUGAAAGUGGUUGUUAAAUUUGCAAAUCGAGUUAAGGAUUUUAUAGUGUAACAUAUGAUGCAAAUAAAUGUUCUAUUUAUGAUAAAACUAAGUUCUAAAGUAUAAAUUCAAACAUGAUAAAUUUACGAUAGGGAUAUUGGAGACCUAAUAAACUAUCAGAUUUUACAGAAGAAUGUUAUAAAAACACUGAAUUUUGUUUAGGAGGAUGGGGAGUUGGUGAUAUUACAUGUUAAUAAGGACAUAUUGGAGCUCUUUGUGAAAUAUGCGAUAUAUAUAAUAUAAGGGGAGAUGGAUAAUAUUUUAAAAAUCCAUCUAAUGAAUAUUGUCUCUUAUGUUCUGGUAAAGAAAGUAGUAUUGUUCCAUUUUUAUUAGCUUUAUUUUAGUAAAUAAUAUUUUUAAUACUAGGGUACUGUUAUCUAUUACUUUAACCUUAAAAAGUAUCAAUAAAUCAAAUUUAUUAUUUAGCUCUCUUAGAAUUUUCUAAAGAUUUAGCAAAAUAGUAUUUAAACUUAAUUAAGGUAAUUCUAAAUUUUAAAAUUAGAUCAUGAAGGCAUUUUAAUUAAAAUCUUAUUAAAUUAUUUAUGGAUUUUUUCAUCAAUAAUUUCUUUUAACAUCAAAUUUUCAGUUUCAAUUUAUUUUAUUGAACAAUCCAGUAACAGUUUUUAUUUUAUGGUCAAUAAUUUAGAUUGUUAUUUAUCAGAUAUUCAAAUACAUAUAAUUUAUCUUAAGGUGUUUUUCAUAUUAUUAUUAAUGUUGA